AUGCAGUUAGACGAACUUCCGGACGGUUUGAGCGAGAGUUCCGAUUUGGAGGAGGAUUUGUUGUUCAAUUCGAGGAGGAAGAAAAAUACGACGACGGUACGAAAAUCGGACGAAAAGAAGAAGAAGAAGAAGAUUGACGUUCACGAGGAAAGAGAGAACGUGGAGGAGACGCCGACGACGUCUGGCGCGAUUAGCAACAGCGAGGACGACGCGACGACGAUUCGGAAGAAGAAGAGGGAGAAAAAAACAGGAAUAAAACGAAACGAAGAAGAGAGCGAGUCGGAAAAUGAUGCGUCUUUGAAAUUGCUCUUCUCGAACAAUAAAGAUACGUUCGAAAAGGUCGAAGCGAAGAUGAAAAUGGAUGGGAACGGUUCGACUCGGAAACGAAAGAGCGGUGGUAAUAGUGGUGGUUCGAACGACGACGAAAAGGUGUCCGGAGAUGAAAACACGAACAGUACGAAGCGACAAAAUACUAAGAGCAAGAAGCAACUCACUUUCGCCGAGCUGCUUAAGAAGAACGCGGAGGAACACGAGAAGGAGAGGAAGCAACGCGAGAUGGAGGAGAGCAUGGUUGCAAAGCACGAGCAACAAGAGAAAGAGGAUGAAGAGGUGGAGGAAAUGUACGAGGAAGAGGAUAAGGAAACGGAUAAAUUAUUCAAACAAGCUCUUGACAAGGAGAAGGCGGAUAAGUUGCAUCAAGAGUUGGACAUGAGGCCGGAGCCGAAGGGGAGGAUGAAGACGAUUGCGAGUAAAGCGCUGAUGAAGAAAAGUACGGCGAGUGUGGAAGGUGGAGGAGUUUACGAGAUUGAUAAUUUCGAAGAGAAGCCGUUUGAGUUAUUUCCGGAUGGUCCGGUAUGUAAAGCGUUUAUGCAACGAGCGGAGAACAGGAGCGAACACAUGAAUUUAUGCGCGGAACUUUUGUUGGGUAGGUGGUUGAGAUACGCCGAGAAGAGUAAAAUGUGCGACGAUCCGAAUGCACUUUUUCCAUGGUUGUUAAACGUAAUAACACACACUUCGAAGAACAAAGAGAUUGUUUUUGCGGCGAGAGAUGCUUUGAUUUUCGCGCUGUACGAAAACGAACGGCAGGGAGGAAACGGCGGGGAGAGUAUAAUUGGAUCGUGGUACGGUGAUAACAUGGAUACGCUCACGAACACCUCCUUCGAAGCGGUGUUAGCCGUCGCAAAGUCAGAGCGAUCCUGGAGGCAGAAGAGGCGCAGCAGUGUUAGUCGUAACAGCUCCACGCCAAUUAAGAACUCGAAAAAGAAGGCGGACGAUGUCGUCAUCGUGUUGGAUGUCGAAUGUAGCAAAAUAACAACGCUCGCGGAAACCCCUAAUGCUAAAAUUUCCGGAACUUGGUCGUCGCAAGACGCUUUAAAUGCGCUCAAGAAAGUUGGCAUCGACGACUCGUUCCCGGCAUCCGAGUACGAUUUGAUGGUGAAACCAACACGGAGCAAGAAGAAAAAUAAAAAGAAAGAGUCGAAAGGGACGGUGUACGAGGAACGCCCGGACGUUUCCGUCAACGUCUUGGGCGUCGUGAGCGCCAUUCGCGCUCUGUGCGAUUACAAUUACCUUCAAGAUGAAGCGCCGUUGACACACGCGAAGAGCGAAAAGUUUGACGCAGAUGGAUGCGCAGAAAUUAUAAAACUUAUCGCCAAAAUUCGACUCGAUCCGCGCUCGGAUGCCUCGGGCGCGUGUUUUGAUGCGUGCGUGAAAAGUAUCUUGCGUUGCGUUUCUUCGUGUAAUACCAUCGACGCGGCGAGUAAGAAGCAAUUCUCCAUGAAGUUAUCGCAAAAGCUCGCGAAUGCCGUCAGUAACGACAGCUCUUUACCCGCUGUCACCUUCAUCUUGAGGUGGUUCCCAGUCCGUGAUACGUUUUCCGCGUAUAUUCGCGACGGUUUAGCCUUGUACGGAUUUCGCGGAUGCCUCAAGCGCAUCGAACGCGGUCCUCCGCUGACGAGAAAAAGACAAAACGAUGAGGAUGAAAGCGAUGAUGAAAGCGAGGAAGAUGUACCUCUUCCCUCUACCAUUUCCCCAGUAGACGCUAGCGUAGACGUCGAAGCCUUCCGAGUCUCUUUUGAAUGUUCGAGAGACCUCGCCGCGCGAGCACUCGUCGGCGACGCCUUAUUCUCCUCUCGCAAUCCAGAGUUCAACAACCCGGACGACGUCUGGCAAUUCGUCCGCCUGUGGGAUUUUGCCGAUUGUGUCCUCAACGGUGGCGUAUCCGCCAACACAUUCGAUGCCGCCAAUGAAGGCGAUCCAGCUUUACAAAAAGUCUCCAAGUGGAUUUCUAAGAUGAAAUCUCUAAUCCCGAAACUAAGCAGGAUAGAAGCCGAGGCGCAGUUUCGCUCGCGCGUCAACGACGCCCAAAACUGGUACAACCAAGAGGCGCACGCGCGAGCUAUGGGUGAGAGCAUCGGUGGGGACCGUGUUAAAUUUAAUGAAAUCGAGAUCGAUUGA